AUGCAGGCUGGGGAGAGGCGUGGAAGAAGCAUUUGGACGUACGUCCUCUCGCGAUCGUUGUCGGCACCGGGCUCACUCGCGGGGCCACUGCUGACUCCCAAAUCUCUUGUUCUUUGCAACCUAAUCACCGCGAUUUGGUGUGUGGCUCCCUACUUCCGUCGCCCUGAACCUCCAGGACGAGGCCAAGGUCAAGUCGGGAUCAGCGUUCGUCGCCGACGAUGGGAGCCACUCGUCUGCACCGCCGGCAACGACGUCCGAGAUCCCAAGGCAUCGGUUUUAG